CGGGAGAUCCAGCAGAAGCGUCAGUGUCACCGGGGGAACGUUUCAGUCGUUUCUGUAACUUGUACUUAUCCCGGCGUUUUUAAACAUCCCAGGUCGACGCGCGGGGCUCUAAUCGGUACGAGCGUGCAGUGUGGGGUUUAGUCCGCCAUGCCUUGUGAGAGGAAGCCGCUGCGCUACGGCCACUCGGAGGGCCACACCGAGGUGUGCUUCGAUGACCAGGGGAAGUACAUCGUGACUUGUGGAAACGAUGGAGACGUUCGGAUAUGGGAAAGCCUGGACGAUGACGAUCCCAAGUUCAUCACAGUCGGGGAGAAGGCGUACUCUCUGGCACUGAAGAACGGGAAGCUGGUGACGGCGAGCUCCAACAACACCGUCCAGAUCCAUACGUUUCCAGACGGAGACCCCGACGGCAUCCUGACGCGGUUCACCACCAACGCCACGCACGUGGCCUUCAACAGCAUCGGCUCUCGGGUCGCAGCUGGAUCAAGUGACUUCCUGGUGAAGGUGGUGGAGGUGUCGGACAGCAGCCAGCAGAAAACACUGCGGGGUCACGAGGCGCCGGUCCUCAGCGUCUCCUUUGACUCCAAAGAUGAAUUCUUGGCCUCGGCCGGCUGCGACGGCGCCGUCGUGGUGUGGAACAUCGAGGAGCAGACUCAGGUGAUCCAGUGGCCUCUGCUGCAGAAGACCAACGACGUGAGCAACGCCACGUCCCUGUGUCGCUUGGCCUUCCAGCCGUCGCCGGCGAAGUUUUUAGCAGUUCCCGUAGAAACCAGGGUGCACCUGUACGAGCGGGGGUCCUGGGACCACACGGGGACUCUGUCUGAUGAUGCAGUCACGCAGCCCAUCAACGUGGUGGCCUGGUCUCCGUGCGGGCGCUACCUGGCGGCCGGCGGCGUGGGGGGCUCGCUGACGGUGUGGGACGUGAACAGCAAGCUGUGUGUGGAGAGGCAGAAACACGAGAAAGGAUUCACGGUGAGCGGUUUGGCCUGGCAUCCAUCAGGCAGCCAGAUCGCCUACACCGACACGGAGGGGUGUCUGGGCCUGCUGGACGGAGUCUGCACCGGAGACAACAAGGCCACCGCCACCAAGCCGACGGCAGCAAAGAAACCUGCCAAAGACUACGACGACCUGUUUGACGACGACGAUGACGGACUCAUGGACGAAGGACAGAGUGACACCAACUCACCGGCUAAGAAACCCGUCGCCGGGGACGACGACGAUGACGACGACUUCCUGAUACCGUCCACGGGGCGGGUGAGGAACAGAGGGGCCAUCCUGGACGACGAGAACUCCCUCGACACGGGAUCUUUGCAGCUCGGGCAGGACAGACUUGGCCUCGACGAUGACGACGAUGCGGGCAGCGCGGUGGUCCCUGUAGCCGCCCUGCAGGCGCCCCAGCGCCCCGUCUACGACGGUCCCAUACCGUCUGCGCCCCAGAAGGCCUUCCAGCCCGGCUCCACCCCGGCACACCUCACACACCGCUUCAUGGUGUGGAACUCCGUGGGGAUCGUGCGAGGCUACAACGACGAGCAGGACAACGCCAUCGACGUGGAGUUCCACGACACGGCCGUGCACCACGCCAUGCACCUCACCAACACGCUGGGCCACACCCUGGCCCAGGUCUCCCAGGAGGCCGUGCUGCUGGCCUGCCCCGGCACCGACGAGCUGGCCAGCAAGCUGCAGUGUCUGCACUUCUCGUCCUGGGACACCAACAAGGAGUGGAUGCUGGACCUGCCCAAGGGCGAGGACGCCAAGGCGCUGUGCCUGGGCCAGGGCUGGGCGGCCGUCGCCACCAGCGCGCUCAUGCUGCGCCUCUUCUCCGUGGGAGGAGUGCAGAGGGAAAUGUUCAGCCUCCCGGGGCCCGUGGUGUGCCUGGCGGGCCACGGGGAGCAGCUGCUGGUGGUCUACCACCGAGCGACAGGCUUUGACGGGGAGCAGGCGCUGGGAGUUCAGCUGCUGCAGUUGAGUCGCAGGAGGAGGCAGGUCAUCAGUGGAGAACCGCUCCCCCUCUCCCACAGGUCCUACCUGGCCUGGCUCGGGUUCACCGCUGAAGGCACGCCCUGCUACGUUGAUUCAGAGGGAGUGGUCCGGAUGCUGAACCGCUCCCUGGGCAACACCUGGACGCCGGUGUGCAACACCAGGGAGACGUGCAAAAGUAAAUCGGAUCACUACUGGGUGGUGGGAGUGCACGAGAACCCCCAGCAGCUCAGGUGUAUUCCCUGUAAAGGUGCCAGGUAUCCUCCCACCCUGCCCAGACCUGCGGUCGCCAUCCUGCCCUUCAAGCUGCCUCUGUGUCAGAUCGCCACGGAGAAGGGGCAGAUGGAGGAGCAGUUCUGGCGGUCGGUCCUCUUCCACAACCACCACGACUUCCUGUCCUCCAGCGGCUACGAGCUGGACGAGGACGCCCACAGCCAGUCGCAGAAGGAGCAGCAGGAGCUGCUCAUGAAGAUGUUCGCGCUGUCCUGCCGGCUGGAGAGGGAGUUUCGCUGCGUGGAGCUGGCCGAGAUGAUGCCUCAGAACGUGGUGACGCUGGCCAUCCGCUACGCGUCCCGGUCCCGCCGCCUGGCCCUCGCCCAGCGGCUCAGCGAGAUCGCGCUGGAGAAAGCCAACCAGGCGGAGGAGGACGAGCCGGAGCAGCAGGAGGAAAAUCACGAGUACGCCGGCAUCAGACGAACCUCUGGGUUCGGUCAGACUGAGCCCACAGCAGGACGUUACAGCUCCAGACAUCACCAGGAGGAGGAGGAGGAACGAGGAGAGGAGGUGGAGGAGGAGGAAGAGGAGGAUGAGAGCGGGGGAGGGGAGGUGGAGAUGGAGGAAGCUGCAGAAACCAGGAAACGUGUGAAUCCGUUCGCUAAAGAAGCCGCUUCACCCGCGGUGCCGUCGCUGACGCCGCUCGGGAAGUUGGGACGUGCCAACCCGUUCAAGGUUGCUGGUUCAGGAAAGCCAUCGUCCUCAUCUGGUCCGGCUCGGGUGACAAACAUCCUGGACAGCAUGUCGUCCAGCAGGAAGUCUGCUCCACUCAGCGGAUCUGCAGGGAAACCCAACAAAACCCCCGUCCUCAAACCGCUGGCCCCGAGACCCAAGAACAAGACGCAGUCCACUCUGCUGCAGAUGACCGGCAACAAGACCGCCCCCAAGAAGCCCUCGGAGAGCACAGAACCAGCCGGGGAUCAGCAGAAACGAGCGGAGGCUCCGCCUCCAAGCUCACCUGCAGAUAACACAGAAAACACCAGGCCGAAGACGGGCUUCCAGCUGUGGCUGGAUGAAAACAGGAAGAGCAUUAUUGCAGAUGAUCCCGAGCUGGAGGAGACGGACAUCAUCAAAGAGGCCAUGGGUCGCUUCAGGACGCUGUCGGCCGAGGAGAGACUGUCGUGGACAGAAAGAGCAAAAGCUCCAAGUGGAGACGCAGCAGAGAUGAAGAAGAGGAAAAGAGCCGAAGGAGGAGGAGGAGGAGAUGCAGAGAAGGAAAUGACAGAAGCUGAUGAAAACACUCCCAGGAAGAAAAAAUCCCUCGAUCCGUCCGCCAAGCUUUCAGCGUUUGCCUUCAACAAAAACUGAACUCCAGGUGGCGCCGGCCACUUAGACCUUUUCAUAGAUAUCUAAAAAUCUGUUUGUAUGGAGUCAGGUGUUGUGUUUUGAUGCCUUUUAAGAUGAUCUCCUGGGGGAUCGAAGACGUUCAUCCAUACCUCCUGUUACUGAUGAGGAGUGUUUGGCUUCUGCUUGUUUUUAUGUUUGCAACAAAAACACUUUACUGUUUCAACAAUUUAAUAAAUGUACAUUUGUAGUA